AGCAGACGAGCUAAAGUUUUAAGGGGCGUGGGGAAAAGGGCAAGGUCUGGGCUUCGGGUGAACAGCUUGCGACUGAACUGUGGCGUUACGCCGAGUGUGGACAACAUGCUGGGGGCGGAGCCAGGAUGGUGCCCUUAGUAGGGAACCUCCAGUGCUACAUUUGUUUUCUGUGAGGGAGAUCACAGCCAAUGAUGGCUACCACACUAGAUUUGAAAUCAAAGGAGGAAAAGGACGCUGAGUUGGACAAGAGGAUCGAGGCUCUUCGUCGGAAGAAUGAGGCCCUUAUCCGGCGCUACCAGGAGAUUGAGGAGGACCGGAAAAAAGCCGAGCUGGAGGGGGUGGCAGUGACAGCCCCCCGGAAGAGCCGUUCCAUGGAGAAGGACACUGUGGCAGUGGAGGAGAAGAGCCUGGGUCCCUCUCGGAGGACUGCUGGGACCUCCCGGCCCCCAGGGACCAGCAGGGGGGGCCGGACCCACCCCCAGCAGGGAGGCCGGGCAGGCAUAGGCCGGACAUCCCGAGGCCGGGAGGAUGGUGCCGGGGAGCAGCUUCGAGGGGGAACUGGGGGCCAGGGCCGGAGGGGCCGGGGCCGGGGAUCCCCUCAUCUCUUAGGGGCAGGAGACAACUCAACUUCUUAUCGCAAGUCCAAGGAGUGGGAGGAACGGCGGAGACAGAACAUCGAGAAGAUGAAUGAGGAGAUGGAGAAGAUCGCAGAGUAUGAGCGCAACCAGCGGGAAGGGGUGCUGGAGCCCAACCCAGUGCGAAACUUCCUGGAUGACCCCCGACGUCGGAGCGGACUGCUGGAGGAGCCUGAGAGGGACCGCAGGGAGGGCAGCCGCCGGCAUGGUCGCAACUGGGGAGGUUCCGACUUUGAGCGGGUGCGUUCUGGUUUGGAACAUGAACGCCAGGGCCGCCGGGCUGGCCUGGGCAGUGGGGGCGACAUGACCAUAUCCAUGACGGGCCGGGAGCGGUCAGAGUACCUGCGCUGGAAGCAGGAGAGGGAGAAGAUCGACCAAGAGCGCCUGCAGAGACACCGCAAGCCCACCGGCCAGUGGCGGCGGGAGUGGGAUGCCGAGAAGACGGACGGCAUGUUCAAGGAUGGCCCAGCUUCUACCCAGGAACUGUCCCACCGUUACAAUGACCAAGCUUGGGCCAGGCCCCCUAAGCCCCCCACUUUUGGAGAGUUCCUCUCUGAGCACAAAGCAGAAGUCAACAGCCGCAGGAGGAGAAAGAACAGCCGACCCCAGGCCAAGGUGGCCCCUCGUGCCUAUAGUGAUCAUGAUAAUCGCUGGGAGACAAAAGAGGAAGCUUCAUCCUCAGCCCCUGAGUCCUCUCAGUCCAUAUCGUUGGAGGAGACAGCCACGCAGCAGCUUCCUGAGACUCCAGCCCCAGUCCAUCGGCCUCCUGAGGAGGAUGGGGAGGAAGAUGAGGGGGAGAAGGAGGAGGGAGAAGAAGAGGGGGAAGAUGAGGAGGAGGAUGACGAAUGGGAGGAUGUGAGUGAAGACGUCACUGAGGAGGAAGAAGAGGAGUCUGAGGAGGAAGAGGGUCCCAAAGACCAGGAAGCAGCAGCUGUUCCUGAUCACCAGUCUGAGGCUGAGCCUGAGGAGAAGCCUACUUGUGAGCAGGCGGACCCUGUGCCUGCCAGGCCCCAGGAGUCGCUGUCCCCAGCCCCUGUUGAACCUCCCAGCCCCUUCUCACCCACUGGGGACCAUCAGCCUGUGUCCGACUGGGGUGAGGAGAUGGAACUGAAUUCUCCCAGCAUUGUCCACUCGCCUGGUGCCCACUCUUCGGGAGGUGACCAGCCAGUCCUUGCCUCCUUGGAGAGUGGGCCCAGCUUGGCAGAAACCCCGAAGUCUGAAGAAGAGGGGCCUGAGGCAUCUCCAGUCUCCUCAGAGGUGGGCCCCGAGGGCCAGGAGACGGCGGAGAUCACAGACUUCCAGAGGGUGCGUUUCUGCAAGGUGGUGGCGGCCGCUCCGCCGCCGGGGGCUGACCGCUGACAGUGCCAGCUGACCGGGGCCUUGCGCUCUGCACUAACCUUCAGCCGCCUCGCUCUUCUGCUUCUGUCACACUCUGGCCAGGACAGGGUUACACGUAGUGGGGGAGGGGACAGAUUAGCGACAGGCUCCGGGGAGUCUUCUAAAUUCCCAGAAGACUGGGGUCUGGGAAACCCCAAGAGGGCUGUAGCCGUCUGCCCGAGGCCUCCGAGCCAGGCCCUGCAAGGCCCGGCUGUGCAGGAGCCUGCCCCAGGCUCUCUCGAGGACUUGAAUUAAACGCGUAUUCCCGCCAACCUUUGAACUGUGCUGCUGCGGGACUG